GUCAGGUGGCGGCCAGCGUGGGCGCCUGUCCCCUGGGGCGGACCCUGCGCGCAGCCAGCGUCCCCCCGGCUCGCUGGCCGGUCUGAGAGGAGUGUCACUGGCCGCCUGAGCUCGGGGCGGUCCAGGGUCAGUGCAUGUCACGUUGAGGGGCAGCAGGUCCCAGGGCCUCCCUCCGAGCCGCCACCUGCCAGGAUCUCUAGCCCGGAGCCAUGAAGACCAAGAACCGGCCCCCCAGGCGCCGGGUGCCGCCGCAGGCCACAGAGGCCACCGCGGGGGAACAGAGCCCUGACAGGCCCCAGCAGGGCUCGGGGCUAGAGCUGGCCAAGGGUCUGCGGAGCAGGACAGCGCGGGCGCAGGCGGCACGGGCUGAGGGGGGACGCAGACGGCCGGGGGCCUCGGGGCCGGGGGGCCGGCGGGACAGCAGCGUCCAGCGGCGGCUGGAGAGCAACGAGCGGGAGCGGCAGCGCAUGCACAAGCUGAACAACGCCUUCCAGGCUCUGCGGGAGGUCAUCCCACAUGUGCGAGCGGACAAGAAGCUCUCCAAGAUCGAGACGCUCACUCUGGCCAAGAACUACAUCAAGUCGCUGACCUCCACCAUCCUGACCAUGUCCAGCGGUCGCCUCCCGGGCCUGGACGGGCCGGGCCCCAAGCUCUACCAGCACUACCAGCAGCAGCAGGCGGCUGGGGGCGCGCUGGGGGCCGCCGAGCCGCAGCCCGAGGGCCACCUGCACAGGUACUCCACGCAGAUCCACAGCUUCCGCGAGGGCUCCUAGCGCCCGGCCCACCGCUCCCGGCCCUGCCGCCUCUGUGCCGAGAGCCCCGGCUUGGUGGGGACACCCCACACGGACAUGGCCCCAGUGGCCCCCGCUUUCCCUGGACACUCAGCUGCCUCCUGGGAGCCCAUCCUGGCUCCCCCAGGGGACAAGACUGGCGAGUGGCCUGGCGGCGGCCACGGCUCCGGGCCGCACGAGGCCCAAACCUCCGCAGAGCUCCCAGGACCUGCUUUCUAAUUGACGAGGCCGCAGUCGACAGGCCUUUGUAACUAAGUUCUCUUCAUUCCCAGCUCCCUCCUGAGGCAGGGGGAGAAUCCAGGGAAAGGUCAGCCUGGGUAAGUUUUCCCCAGCCAACGCCGAGGCCCAGGCCCAGGAAGGGGCCUCCCCCAUCCUCCGUGGGAGCUCCUCGUUCAGGGAAACUGAGACAUGCGGCAAAGCAAAGCCACAGAGUGUGGCUGAGCCGAGAUGGUUGAUGUGUGGAAUUCAGCAUGUGUCCGAUAGACACCCCAGAACCCCUAGAGAUACGAAUCCGUUUAUCUAGAAUUAACCCUAGAGGGAGCUGGGCAGGAGGAGCGGCUGGGAUCUUCGCCUCCCUCCCCCUGGGGGCGGGGGUCCUGACUCUGGAGGGUCUGAGCCAGGCCCGAGGGCCUGCGGCCUGGCACCUGGCACGGGGCUGCUGGAGGCAGGUCUGGGAGGGAGGCUUCCAGCCACGGCUCCCCCAGCAGCCUCCCUCCGAGUCCCGCCCAGGGUCGCUGCUUGCUGUCCUGUCGCUGCCGGGGCCACGUAAGUGGCAGAGGGCAGUGUGACAGAGCUUGCGGUGCCGUCGGGUCUGGCUCGGAGUUGGGGGCCCUGAGGUGUCUCUGUGGGAAGGAGCCCGAGGUGGUGGGAGCUCCCCUCCCCCACCGGCUGCUGCUCCGUCAGGGCGGGCCUGGGCAGUUUGGCAGGUCCCCGGCCGCCUCAGGCCAAGCAAGCUUCCUUCUCUGGUGACAGGCUUGGCCACUUUGCUCUCGAUGCCCCCUGGCAUCUCUCCUCCCUUGUGCCUACACCUGCAGCCAAUAUGGGGAGGGCACAAGGCAACCUUGGCAGCCUCGGGCAGGAACCCCAUUGACAAGGGCGGAGGUGAGGGUGGAGUUGGCCUGGCAGAUGAAGCCAGACCUCGAGAAGGCCUUGGGGGCAGGGGGGGGGGUCAAGCCCCUCCUGGGGGGCCGAGCCGCAUGGGAGCAGGGCUGCCACAGUGGAGGGCUGGCUCGCCCUCCCAACCCUGGUCGUCCCGGCCCCAGAUGCUCAAUCCACUGCCAGGCUUCACGUCGGCCUCAAGGAGAGCAGGCGGCGGCGGCCCUCGGAACAGCCGUUACCGGUCAGUCCUCUUUCCCGGUGAGACACUGGCUGGACACCCCCCACCCCCAGGCCCCACGCCAGGCCCUCUGGAAGGCGGCCCUGGGAGGCCUGGUCGGGCCUCAGCCCUCCUUCAGCGUGGUCGGGUGGGGACCACAGGUGCUCCUGGCCUGCCCCUCAGAGACGGCCACUCGGCAGGUCGGUCGUCAGGACAUUCCACCUCAGGAGCUGAGGCUGAGGGCCAUGUCCAGCUCGGGACGGAGGGGGCCCCCCUGUGGGGGGCCUGCCGGCUGGAACACAACACAAGGCCCGCAGACCUCGUGGCUCUUACUUGGCUGAGCCGGGGCCAGAGCAGAGCCCCGUGCACCGCUAAAAUUGCUGAAUGAACUGAGAAACCGAGCUGAAAGGCCAGCAGAGGCUCCGUCCGGGAGACCACGCCAAAGCCCGAGGGUGGUGGGAGGGUCUGUGGGUCACCACCAGCUUUCAGCACCUUCUGUCCCAAGCUAGCACCUGGUUCCCAGAGGGUGACCAGGGCCCAGAUGUCUGGUCCUUCUUCCUUUGUGGCCAGAGGGCAUCUGCACACCCUGUGGCCAUGUCACAAAGUCAAGCUUUCGGGUGUUAAAUAUGGGGAGCAGGGGAGAGGAAGGGUCUGGGGGCAGGCUGGUGAGGCCUGCUGCUGGGUCUGCACCCUCCGCCCCUGUCCUGGGCCCUCCUGCCCUGCAAGGACUCUUAAGACCAGCGAACCGCUAUCCCCAGGGCCCUGCCAUCCAGCCUCACACCCAGGCCUCGUACCCACCUGCUGACCAGACCCAUGUGAGCUCUGGAGGGCCGAGACCCCACAGCCCGGACCUGAGAAACCAGAACUUGGGACUUCUCUGUGUGGGAAAACACACUGGAACUGAACGGCCAGUGCCCUUGCUGUAAUUGUGGUGAAAAUGUUUCUUAAAUGCCCCAGAUUUGCUUUGAUUUCUCCUAAUGGUCCCUUCAGUGUACUAAUGAAACCAAUGCUGUGUCAUAAAAAUGAAAGAUUUUAGCACGACUGCUACUUGCGCCCCAGGCUGGACACUCAUGGGGAGCUGUGCAUUCUAAUCACAAUGUAGCAAUAAAAAAAAUAGCAUGUCGUUCACA